UUCAAUUCGACAAAAAAUAAUGACCAUAAAAGGUAAUAUAAUUACAUCUAUUCACCUUCCUUACCUAGAGUAUAUAUAAAGUUGUAAUUUGUUCUUCACAUAAUCACUUAUUUUUUAGCCCGGGGGACAUGAUGCAUGAAAUUAAAAGGACGAAAUUGCAUAAACCUUGGGUCAUCAACAAAGCCAUCAUCUUGAGUAUUCUUGUAUCUCAUCUACUACCUAACGAUGCUUGGAAAAUGAAAAUGACAUACACCAGCUUCCCCUUAGCAAAUUUCAGUUAUGCUAGACCAUCUAUCUCUGAUAAUAAAAUUGUAAAAUAUUCAUUGAGUUCGUCAAAAGUGAACAAUGUACGAUACCAGAGCAGAUUCGCUAAGCCCACCAUCUCAUCAUGCGUAAUAACCUUCACUUCACCGGAAAAUGGAGAUGACCUCCCUUUUCCGGCGAGUACGAAAGAUAUCAUCAAUUUCCACUCGCAAGACUGCGUCGACUUUUUCUCUUCCGUUUCACCCAAGACUCUUAACGACUAUGACCUUAAAAAGUUCAACAUCAGCGAUGACUGCCCUGUUUUCGAGGGUCUUUUCAACUUUUGUAAAGCUUCUGCCGGUGGGUCCAUUGGCGUCGCCAUUAAGCUUAAUCGGCAAGAUGCUGACAUAACCAUCAAUUGGGCCGCUGGAUUGCACCAUGCAAAGAAGAGCGAAGCCUCGGGAUUUUGUUACUUCAAUGAUAUCAUUCUUGGGAUUCUUGAACUUCUCAAGACGUACCCUUAUUUUAUUUGUCCCAAUUUUUUGGGUAUGGUGAACUUUUUAUACGUUCUUGGGAUUUCUUUUGGGUAUCACUGA